AUGGAACAUUACUUGGGUAAAUUAGCAAAACCACAAGGCCAUUAUGAUCUUGUUCGUAGUCAUACACUCGGGAAAAAAUAUUACUCUUGUUGUAACCGGAGAUUCCACCGUCAACUUGGGAAAGCAUGUGUGCUGUUGGUAGCUCAUUCUGAAACAUAUUCAAUAGGAAUUCCCGUGAAUAAACAAAGGCUUGUCUACAUAACCGAAGAACUACAUAACGAUAAGAAGCUGGAAGACUAUGAUUUUCAGAGCGAAGGGGUUAUGUUUUUGUGUAUGACCCUGUUCGUAGUUCUACUUUCAGGAAAAAAGAUUAAUCUUAAGGUGUUUGGUGAUGACACCGUUGAAAAUGUAAAACAGAAAAUUCAGGAACUUGAAGGAAUCCCUUUGAAUCAACAAAGGCUUGUCUACAUAAGCAACGAAGAACUGCGCAACGAAAAGAAGCUGGAAGAGUAUGAUUUCCAGAAUGAAGGGACUAUGUUUUUGUGCAUGACCCUGUUUGUAGUUGUACUUUCAGGAAAAACAAUUACUCUUAGGGUGUCUGGAAAUGACACCGUCAAAAGUGUCAAGCAGAAAAUUCAGGAACGUGAAGGAAUCCCCGUGAAUGAACAAAGGCUUGUUUACCAAAGCCAUGAACUACGCGAAAAUCAUAAGAAGCUGCCAGAAUAUAAUGUCCAGAACGAUGGCACUAUGUAUUUGACCAUGAGACUGCCUGGAGGUAAAGACGGAUGUUGA